AUGUCUUGUGUCAACGAAGUAAACAAUAAGCUUCAAGAAAUGAGUACUUUUUUUGGGAAAAUUGAUGAUAAGUUGUACAAGAUUUACAUCUACGACGUUGAUGAUGUCACCACUUUCAAUGAUAAAGUGAAUAAGUUGUUAAGCAACUUCUCUUACAAAGAAUCUCAAACUCACAAGUUAUAUGCCACUGGGGAAUCGAAGCUUGAAGAAUCAAAAACACUGUAUUAUUUGGCUCAGUGUACAAGGGACCUCUCUGGCCCUGUUUGUAAGAAGUGUCUUGAUGAUGCUAUUAGGGAACUUCCAAAUUGUUGUGACGGAAAGCAAGGUGGACGGGUUGUGGGUGGUAGCUGCUAUGUUAGAUAUGAACUGUAUCCUAUUAUUGAUGCCUAG